CUCUUUGCCUCGUUCCAUCUCUCUCUCUCUCCCCCCUGUUGCAACACAGUGAAAUGCAUAGGGGUAAAAUUAUCAUUUUCAAACCUACUCGAUCUUCUCCGGCGACUUUUCCGGAAUAAUAGGCAUUUAUCCAACGAUUCUUAAAGUGUGUCAACUGCAUGUGGCAAUGGAAACGUGAGACUCUCACAAAAAAGGGCCGAAUACGAGAUGAGAAUGGAUGAGUACGCUCCGAUUGUUACCUGGAAAGACGCUUAUACCCCUGUAGCAAGUAUCAUUCAGCCAUCGAAAUCCAUCCUUACACUGUCGCCGUCUUCUCCAGACCGCACCACCGCCGUCUGGCAACUCCUCGCCACGAGACCACCACCACCGUGACCACCUCUCUGGCCUCUCUCUAACCAUUUUCGCAAAACUAACAUGCGGCUCCAUUCCGGCAAAUUCAAAUUUUGAAACAACGAAGGUUCGUCACCGACUUCCCGAGCUCCGACAACCUCGUGGGGUUUCUCUUGAGGCGAGCUGUUGUUUCUGGGUUCGCCGUGGAGCUUGGAGAGGCAGCAUGAACAUUUGAGAGGCGAGGAAAAUGUCCCACAAACUCGGAUCGGAGGUGGAAGAACUUGGAGGUGACGGGAUCUAUUGCAGCUCUUGGUUGAGGUAUCAAACGAGCUCAAAUCAUAUUGAUUUUGAUGUGUUGGAAAUAUUAUUAUGUUGCUCGUUGUGUAUGUGCAUGUCGAAGUUGGUUGAGUUUAGGAGGAGAUUGUGGCCGGGGAGUUCCGUCGGAGAUGGCAGGUUACGUGACAUACUUGGAGGACGCGAUUCUUCGCAACACGAGGAGCGAGAUUUCGGACGCGGACUUCAGCACUGCUAUCUCAGGUGCGGUGAGGCACCCGCUAGGGGUGAGACGGUACCUUCCUGAGAUGAGUCCCCAGUCGGUAGCAGCGGUGAUGAUUCUGAUCACUCUUUUCACCACAACUCACAGCAUCAACAACACCAUCACCUCUAGAUCAGUAUCAUCUUGGUGCGAAGGCGGCCGCACCGAUAACCCCUCGUGUCUUAUCGGAGGGACUGACUUGGACUCGGAUGAGUUCAUGAUGUAUUCUGAAAUCAGCAGAAGAAUCCUGGCGGGAAAUUCCGGCACUAAGAAUGUAAUCGAUCCUUCAAAGACGUUGUCGUGCGAUCGAAGUAAAAAUCCUCAAUGCCACGCCGGUCAGAAAAAUUCGAACCCCCCAGGAGUAGACUGUGUCAAGGCCAAAUACAACCGCAUCUGCCACAAGUACCCUUAAACUCAUCAGCGGUGAGCUAGGUCAUCGUAUCAUUAAUAUUUGAGCUCCUACAAUUGAUUGUUGGUCCUCUUCUAUCUGCUUUAAUUACUUGCUUCUGUAAUCAGUUCUUUUGUAUGUAAAAGGGAUCACAGUUGUCUCUGCAUUUGGUUUAGUACGUUUUAACUCGAUUAUGAAGAUUUUAGUUGCUUACUAGCUAGCUUGUUGCUCG